CUUUCUUCCAACCCUAUUAAUCAUGAAUCCAACGGAAACUGUAUCUUUUUUAGAAGCGCCUGAGGCCCUGCUUGAAAGUCUUCUACCCGGGUACAGCUUCUUUGCUCGUCUUGUCAAAAUUUACCUCCAUGCAAAUGCCUCGAUCUUUCUCCUUGCAUCCGCGGCUCUCUUAGUGGCCUGCAUGUAUUUUUUCCCGGUACUCUGGACUCGCCCUUAUCACUUUCUUCUUCCCUUUGCAUCCUCAGUUCAAAUCAGAUAUAACGACGAUAUAUACAAGAACGUGAUGUGCUGGGUCUCACAGUUGCCAGAAUUGAGCACAACACAAGACUCAAUUGCAGGAACCGAAAUCAGCUUUGUCUCUCCAUGGGACAAGAAUGAUCAGAAGACCGAACAGCAAACGGAACUUUCUGAGGAAGAGAUUGUCCAGUUCGAGAAGGACGAACGGGAAUUUUGGAUCAAGAUUAGGGAACUGAAGACGAUUCAACCUAUUCACUACACACCUGCACCUCCUGGUAUUCACUUCUUCCGAUAUCGAGGUACUCUAUUCGGUUUCUGUCGUCAACCAUACAAGGAAGCUGGCAGCCCUUGGACUGAUCACCGGGAGAAGCUAUAUAUAAAGACGAACAACAACCGCGUACGCAUAAGCCAGGGGCUCAAGGAUGGACCAGCGCGACAGUGGAUGAAUUUGCCAUCUAAGAUGCCAAGGCCCCUCUCGACUAUCAUUAUAGAUCCGCUUAUCAAGAAUGCGCUUGUCGACGAACUGACAGACUUUCUCCAUCCGCGUACUCGUUCCUGGUACCAAAAACGUGGCAUUCCAUAUCGAAGGGGGUAUCUUUUUCAAGGCCCACCGGGCACUGGCAAAUCAAGCCUGUGCCUCGCUAUUGCUAGUCUGAUAGGCCUCGAAAUCCGCUUGUUUUUAUCUCUACCGGAGAAAUGUCUCGUCCUUUUUGAGGAUGUCGAUCAGGCCGGGAUAGAGAAUCGCAAUAUCAGCGAGUCUCUCUCCCAGGUUGAAGAUGCGUCAGACAAUGAUAGAAGCCAUGAAUUUCCAGAUUCCUCUGACUGUUCGCAGGGUGGCCUAAGCCUCUCAGAAAUCCUCAAUAUCAUCGAUGGUGUCUCUGCCCAGGAAGGGCGAAUCUUGAUCAUGACCACAAACGACCCAGGGUCUCUUGACAAGGCCCUCCAACGCCCAGGCCGGGUGGACCGAGUCUUUCCCUUCCACUUCGCUACCCCAAGAGAUAUCAAGGAAAUAUUCCUAACAUUCUUUGUGAGGCCUUCAGACCACCAUUAUAUUGUCGAUCCCCAUGAUAUGAGAAUAUGUUGUUCUUUGGAACCAGCCUCUUCAAGUUGGUCGCUGAACGAUAUUGUUCAGUUGUCGGAAUCCUUCGCUUCUGCACUUCAGAAAUGACCCAGUGUCGGCCGAGCGUAACGUGACUAUUUGGAUGACGAAUAUGGAUGAGGGCGAGAUAUUCAUGGUGGCUUGACUGGAAUGGAAGGUUCAAAGCACUGAAGCAAAUGACGUUCGAGUGCUUUUCCGGUCUAAACCCCCGGGGGUUUCAGAAGUAGGCAGGGAGACUUAUAUUGUCUAGUGCCUCUAUGUCCAUGUGGUUUCGGAAUUGGCACGAAUUGGAGGAUAAAGGACGUGAGUCUAGGGUCACACGAACGCGCCAAACGUGCCACUCUGGACGGGUUCCGCACAAGGUGUGAUGAGUAAUCUAAGUCAAGGUGGAAAG